CGCUUUUCGGGAAAGAACCCCAGCGCCGAGAGGAAGAGGAGGGAUCUCGUCGACACGCCGUCGGGAACGCGUCCCCCGUUCCCUCGCCGCUGCCCCGACACGGUGCCGUUCUCGCCCGAAUCGGCGAAUCCCUCCCACCGCUUCGCCUAUAAAUCUCCCCCUCUGUGGCCCUGAUCCUCCCGUACAACAGUGCCCAGUGCCCACCGCGGCAGAUCUUCGACGCCUCCGAGGGCGAUGGAGGAGGACGGCGGCUCCGGCAGCGAUAGCAUGGAGUUCGUCGCGGGAGCGGAGACUAGCGCUGGCGCAGGCACAAACGCCGGCAGGAACCGCGGCGUGGGUGCAGGGACCAGCGUAGGCGGUGGCGGCGGCACGAAGCUGCCGCAUGUGCUGCAAAAGAGUUUCGGCGAGGUGCAAGGGAUUCUGGAGCACAACCGCGUCCUGAUUCAGGAGAUCAGCCAGAACCAGGAGACGCGCGACGCGGACGGUCUCAGCCGCAACGUGGCGCUAAUCCGGGAGCUCAACACUAAUAUCGCCCGCGUCGUGGACCUCUACGGCGACAUGUCAGGGUCCUUCGCCCGCGCCGUCGCCGCCAAGAAAGACGCCGCAGGCGACAAGUCGGGCCCUAAGAGGCCCCGCUCCGCCGGCGCUGGAGGGCAGCAGCAGUAGAGCCGGCGUCUUAUCCAGUUAAUCCAUCAGAGGAGGCUCCGUCGUGAUUGACGGCGGGGGUCAGGAAACUUCGGGGUUGGGGUGGGUGCACUGCAUUGGAAACCUCCUCUUUUUUUUUCUCCGUCCGGUGAAAGGUGACUUGAAUGAUGUACUGCUGGAUUAACUAGUUUGGUGUUGAGAAUUGAGAUGGACAUGGCGUGGACACCUUCUUGUUGUCAGUCGGUGUUGAUUGCUGAAUCAAAGAUGCAGCU